GGGAACCAUAACCCAGAAUAAAACGCGGCCGCUGUAACGGUGAAAUAACAAUGGAUGCAAUAUUAUCCCGAUUGAAGCAGCUCACCCCUGAUGAGCUUAGAGAAGAAAUUGUAAGAGCAGGACUGAAAUGUGGGCCCAUUACCUCGACUACUAGGUUUAUUUUUGAAAAAAAAUUGGCUCGGGAGUUGUUGGAGCAGCAAGGAGCAUUGAAGGAAGAAGGAUCUGCUCUGUCAGAGGAGGCUGCUGGAAAUGUCCCAUCUGUUAGCAGCCGGGCAGAAGCACAAAAGGCUUGGAAAACUACGGCAGUGAAUCACAAUGGUCAUGGAAGUGUUUCUGAAGAGGUAGACUUUGGGUACUGUGUAGGUCUGAACCCUCCAGAAGAAGAUGCUGUGAUGCACGUGAACUGUUCAGCUCCAGUCUGUGGAGCGGGAUGUGUUGAUUCACAAAUUAGUACUCAGACACCAUCCAGAGAUCCUCCGCUAUUCUAUGGUGUUUGUCCAGUUUAUGAUGACAUAUUGGCAAGGAAUGAGAGAAUACAUGUUUAUGAAGAUAAAAAGGAAGCUCUCCAAGCUGUUAAGAUGAUUAAGGGUUCCCGUUUUAAAGCUUUUUCGAACAGAGAGGAUGCUGAGAAAUUUGCUAAAGGAAUCUGUGAUUAUUUCCCAUCUCCAAGCAAGUCCUCUUUAUGUUUGUCUCCAGUGAAAAUGGGAUCGUUUAACAGAGAUGGCUUAUGCUCCCCUGAGACCGAAACUGCUAAUAAGGAGCGAGCCAACAGUUACAAAAGUCCACGUACUCAAGAUCUUACUGCUAAACUUCGGAAAGCUGUCGAGAAAGGAGAUACAGCAACGUUUUCAGAACUUAUUUGGAGUAACCCUCGCUAUCUGAUUGGGUCAGGAGACAAUCCAACAGUUGUACAGGAAGGCUGUAGGUACAAUGUCAUGCAUGUUGCUGCCAAGGAGAAUCAACCUGGUAUCUGCCAAUUAUUACUGGACACCUUGGAAAACCCUGAAUUUAUGCGGCUUAUGUAUCCAGAUGAUAAUGAUGUAAUGUUGAAGAAUCGCAUCCAAUAUAUUGUUGACCUUUACCUUAAUACACCAGAUAAAAUGGGAUUUGAUACUCCAUUGCAUUUUGCCUGCAAAUUUGGGAAUUUGGACGUUGUUAACGUACUUACCUCACACCCAGCUAUUGUAAAAAAUCCAAGAAACAAAUAUGAUCAAACUCCAGCAGAAGUAGUUUGUGAAAGAAGCAAGAGUAAAUCUGCAGAACUGAAAGAAAAACUAAGAGAGUACCUGAAAGGUCGAUACUAUGUACCACUCUUGAGAGCAGAAGACAAUUCCUCAGCUCCUGUAAUCGGUGCACCAUGGUCACCCGAUCAGACAGACGACAGAAUCCCCCAAAGAACUUUAUCUAAAUACCCUGGCAGCCCCAAAGAUCCGGUGUUGUCGAUAAGAGCUUUUGCAGGCCCCAUGAGCCCCUCAAAGGCCGAAGAAUUUCGCAGGCUUUGGAAGACUCCACCUCGAGAGAGAGCUGGCUUCUUUCACAAUGUCAGGAAAUCUGAUCUGGAGAGAGGUGUUGAAAGAGUUGGAAGGGAGUUAGCUCAUGAACUGGGGUUCCCGUGGGUUGAAUACUGGGAAUUUCUGGGCUGUUUUGUUGAUCUGUCUUCCCAGGAGGGGUUGCGAAAAUUAGAAGAGUACCUGAGUCAUCGGGAAAUGAGCGAAAAGGCUCAGCAAGAAACAGGGGAAAAUGAAACCUGCAAUAGAUACAAAACUCCACAUCCUUCUGGCAAGAGUAAAAAGUGCUGCAAUUCUAUUUCUGUUGGAGCAUUUUUGGAUGAGGAUGAUGAUGACAUGAGCUUAGAAGAAAUUAAAAACAGACAAAAUGCAGCACGGAAUGUCAGCCAACCUACUGUGUCCAAAGAACCUAGCAUUGAUGCUAUUGGAGACGCCGAGUGCGAUAUCUUGUCAAUGGAGCGUGCCGUAAACAUUAUAGAAACAUCAGAUCACCCCAGGCACUAUGAAAAGGCGGUUUCUUCCAGCAAAAAUGGAUUUUGUAAUCCUGUGUCUAGUGAAAAGAAAAUUAGUGACAGAAAGCAUUUGCAUGAUGGAGAAGAAUGCCUUGUAUCGCCCGUUUCCAAUUUAAUGUCAGAAUUUGAAAGCCUGUCAUUCCAAGAACAAGAGGUGGCAGGAGAAUCAAGUAAAAUCACUGACAAAACUGAGAAUGAGAGAGUUCUGGCUGAAGGAACAAGUCACAUGAGAAUAUCCAAGGACCAUCUGGAUAAGACCUGCUAUGCAGUUUCACUGGCAAGUUCUUCUGAGCCAAGUGUUACAGGUAAACCUGGAGAGACCAAGUUAAGGACAGAACACACAAUACCAUCAGAAAAGGAGAGACUGUCCAUGGAAUCUGGAAUUCAGACCAAUGAGGCACAACAACGUCAAGAACUUUCUUCCCAGAAAUUUAUUUUGAAGGUUUCACCCGUAAAUGACAAUUCUAAGAAGUUAUUCCUGCUUGGGGAGCAGCCCUCGAAGCUGGAUAGUGAUGUCUUAGCAGCUAUAGAAGCAGUAGAGAUUGAUCCACAGAAAUACCCGAUUAUUUACAAAUGGAAACACAUGGUGCAGUCAUACUCUUCAUCUGACAGGCAAAGUUGGCCAAGUCCAGCACUGAAGGCAAGAUUCAAGUCCCAAACCAUCGCUGCUGGCCUUCCAAAUGCUUCAGUGUAUUCUAAUUCAGGAAGAAAUAGUCCCGUAACAGGAAGUCCAGGAAAACACGGCAAUGCCACCUCGUUCUCUCCAGACCCCGGCAGUCCUGGGCGCUACAGUCCAGCUUGUGUCAACCAGGCUCUGUUAAAACUGCGUUAUUUUUCAGAGCCUCCGGCCCACUAAAAUAGGAUUCAUCCUCCUGGGACUUCAAUUGUAUUUUCAUUGUUAGAGUGGAGGAAAAAAACUACAAUGUUACUGAAGUGACAUGAGGUUUGUACUUGGCUAUUUAUUUUUCCUCAACUGAGGACAACUGUAUGUUAAAAAAAAAUGGAAUAUAUGUCUUUAUGCCAUAUACAAGAUAGAUUACUGGU